GCAGCCCAGCGGACGCAACAAUAUCAGAUAACUUCGUGAAUAGCCAGCCCUGGCACUGGACAAAAACUCUUUUUUAUUUUAAUCAAUUGUUUAUGUUGUGUUGAAAUUAUGAUGGAGUAGCUGUGCGAAAUCGGCUAGUGCUUCUUUCAAUUAGUAUGGCCUAUAUAAAUAUAGCAGAAUGGACGCCCGACCAAGUUACAGACUGGAUCCGAGGUCUCGACGAGUCCAUGGAAGCCUAUUUAUACGAAUUUUCAAAACACGAAAUCGGAGGUCGAGCACUGCUCAAUAUACGGCCAUAUGAAUUGGAAAAUUUGGGCAUGAAGGCUAUUGGUCGACAGGAAAUCGUCCUUGAAGCCGUUGAGAAUCUGCGUAACUUUCAUUAUCACUUGAAGAAUGAUAAUCUACAGUUUAUGGCACUGCACGUGGGUACUGCGGCCCGCAAUUUGCAUCGUGAACUCGCCAAGAAUCAUGCGGAUAGCACAAAUAUCGACACGCGCACACUGCAUGAUAUUACGCGCACGAUUGCGACGCUGAAGCCGCUGAUUGGGAAUUUGGAGCGAUCGCCGUUUCGCAAUCAGGACAUGUAUCGGGAGUAUUGUGGCAAUGUGUUGCGCUGUGGCCUGGAGUUGGCCACGAUAGCGCACAGAGAUCGCUUUGCGGAGCGACCAGUUGCUCAGAUCAAAGCGACCGCAGAGCGUUUAGAGCGUCUGGCUAACUUCAUAAUCCAGGAUAUUUCGGAUCCGAUGGUGCUGCAGCCGGCGUCGCUCAAUCUUGUGACACUGAAGAAACGCGAAUCGGAUCUGGGCUUUAACAUCGAGUCGAGCUACAAUGGCAUACAUCGCGUCACAGACAUCAAAUACAAUUCACCCGCCCACAACUCGGGCAAGAUUGAGGAUGGCGACGAAAUUGUCCAAAUCAACUACCAGACAGUCGUCGGCUGGCAGCACAAGACUGUGCUGCAUCAUCUGUGCGAAGCGCUGCCCGAUGUGGUGCUCACUGUGAAGAAACGGCCAAAGCACACCAAGAUGUAUGGUCAGAUUUACAUGCAGCCGUACCGGCUGCCCAGCAAGAAACGCAACAUGGCCAGCCGAUGGGCCGACAAUUUGCCCAGUCCGAGUCCACGUGCCGCAUUCUUAACCCUUGAGUCAGCGCACAAAACGCCGCGAAGUGAUGACGGCCAGGGCGUCAAGGUGAAGGAACUUGUGAAGGAGCAGGUGCAGGCGCAUGCUGCUUCCGACUCGGAUUCCAGCUGUAGUGAUAUACCCACACCCACGGAUCCAAAGUCUGCCAGCCGCGAGAUGCGUUUGUACUAUCCCAAGCCGCGGGCGCUGCUGCAGCGACGCAACACAAUUUGUGGUGAUGAAUUCCUUAGCCUGAAGCAUCCACAUUUGGUGAUUCCCUCAUGGCAUGAACGCAAGCCAGGUAGCGGCGGCGGUGGCGGUGGUGCUAUCUGUGAUCCUGGCUCGCCCAGCAUUCGAGACAAGUCCAUAUCCUUUGGCUAUGGCCUCGAGAUAGCGCCUCGGCCCACCACCUGCAUAGGUCUGGCAGCCAGCGAGAGCGCCGACACGGACAAGCGGCUGUUCAACGAGGCGCGGAAAUUGAAGCAGCUGACGGAGGCGGGCCUGGCGUCCCAGCAGCAGCUGCAAAUGCUGGACCGCUACAAGCCCGGUGUCAGCAAAGUGGUGCGCUUCGAUGCCAACAUGAAGGUGGAGGAUUAUGUGGUUAAGAACGAGAAGUUUACGUGCAAUGUGGAAAACACAAUACUGGAAACCUUUGAGCCAAUACCCUUCGCCGACGAGGGGGACGAGGAUGCGUUAGAGACGCUGCGUAGCUGUGCCAACGAAUCCAGCGCCGAGCUAAUCCAAGCCAUGGAAUUGGCCACGCGCGAAACGCCGCCGCUGGCGGAGGCCAUCAACACGCCGCUAAUCCAACAGCAGCAGCAGCAGCAGAAUCGACGUGGCCGCCUGGACAAAAGCCACAGUACGCCGGCCUAUGACAAUUCGGGCGAGGAAGAGUCCGAUACGCCGCCGCCGGCUAUUGAGCCACGCAAAGAGUUUUUGCUAGUGACGCCGCCAGCGCCGCCGCCACGGCCGCGCAAGCCACACGAACUCACACCCGUUGUGCCACCACCGCCGCCAAAGCCGGCGAGCAUGCAGCAAGCAAGCACUGCAACUGCAAGCACUGCAAUCAUGGCAACCACCGCAACCACUGCAGCGGCUGCAGCAAUGGCAGCAGCCACAACGGCUGCCACAAUAGCAACCACAAUAACCACUGCUAAGGAGCAGGAGGCCAGUGAGCUGUUGACGCCGAGCAAGACGCGCACCUUGACGCUGAAGAAGAAGCACAGCCUGAUGGCCAAACGGCGCAACACGAACCUCAAGCUCCUGGGCACUGGCGACAUCCAGGGUCAUCUGUACAGGCGUACGAAAAACUUGCGCGGGGUCACCUACUGGGCGCGCAUCUACUUUGUCAUGCUGGAUACCAUUCUGUAUGGGUUUCGCAGCAAGCAGAGCUCCAGCGCCAGCUUGGUGAUUUUCCUGCCCGGCUUCACAGUGUCGCUGGCCAAGGAGGUGCACUCGAAGCCGCACGCCUUCAAGGUGUACCACACGGCCAAGAGCUUUUACUUUGCCGCCGAAUCGCAGGACGCGCUCAAUCAGUGGGUGGAGUUUCUGCGGCUCGCCUCGCUCAAGCUGCCAGCGGUCAGCAACGAGACGUGCAGCAGCAAGGAUCUGUACUCGGAGAAUGAGAGCUCUGGGGAGGAGGAGAGCGAUGCGCUCAUAAGCACAAAUCUAUGCACACCGUCGCCGCAGGCGUCUAAGGAUGUGGUCGCCACACUGGCAGCCAGCGGCAGUGCCACGCCCACCAGCAGCCUGAGCAGCAACAACAGCAUGAAGCACGAUCGCGGCUACUUCGACUCGCUGCGCAAAUUCACAAUGGGCACGUUCAAGAGCAACGCGGCCAAGAAUAACUCGAGUGAUAUACCCGUGCCGACGGCGAACUUUCAAACGUUUCGCAAGGUGCCCGGCGGCAGUUGUGGCAUUCAGAUAGGCGCCAAUACUCCCGGCUAUCAUGAUCCGGCACAGCCGCCCACGCCCACAGCCAAGCCGGAGCUGCCGCCGACAGCAUCGUUGCCGCGCAAACUGUCGCGCAGCUCCAGUCGCAGCUCGGUAGUGAGCGCUGCUUCGGCUAGCCUGGGUCCGCCCAAUUCACCAGCGCCCACGGUCAACUCGCUGCAGCAGCAGCAGAGCUACGACGAGAGCAACAGCCCCAGUCCUAGCCAGAGCCAGAGCCAGAGUCCCAGCCAGAGUCAGAGUCCGAGCAGCAAGUCGAGCCUGAAGAAGGUGCCCUACCAUUAUCUGCACGCCUCGAAUCCGAAUUUGGAGGUCUUCGAGUACCAUCACUCGCAUACGAAAACGUUCAUGACGAAGAAGGUGGGCGGAGACGGCACCUUGGAUCCGCACCAUCAGACGAACAACAUACAGGGCUAUAUGACGCUGAAGGAUCUGAUGCUGCGUAAGCAGCUCGAGGAAUCGCAGGAAAUGUACAAUAAUCGCGUGCAUCUCGGCGUCGAGAAGCACAACCGGCACUUGCGCACCGACUCCAAUGCGAGCCAGCAAACGGCAGCGGGAGCAACUGCUCCGCCAGCAACGGCUGCGAAGCCAGUGGUCAAUGGGAGUGGCGAGAAGCCGGCAAAGAUACAAAGCUUGAGUUUGCCCAAGACGCCGGACUAUGAGUUUAGCUUUAAGCCGGAAGACGAGAGUAUUAAGCGCACGCGCACGAAGGAGGGCCAGAAGCUGCGUGACUUUGGCUACGAGCUCAUCUUUGGCGAUGAGCCGGCGACGAGCAGCAGCAGCAGCAACAAUAACAACAACAGCAGCAGCAGCGCCAGUGUCUCCAGGCAGACCAGCUGCAAUGAGCACGAGAGACAGCUGAUGCUGCAGCAACAGCAAGAGAAACAUCAGCAACAGCAGCAGCCACAAAGGUCCAAGUAUUUUCUACGCUCGCAGCAGCUGUCCAGCUUUCUGCACAUGAGCAGCAAGAAGCAGCACCAGCACGAUCACGGCGACGUGGGCUCCCAGUCGAGCAACGCCAGUAGCAGCAAGAAGAGCAAAAGCAAGUCCAGCAGCAGCAGCAUCAGCAGUGACAGACGCUUUCCGUUCACGCACAUGACGAUGACGCUGCCGCUAAACAAAAAGUCCAAGUCGAAUCAUGCGAUCGAUGGCGGCAACAUCAGCGGCGCGGGCAACGCCAGCAGCAGCAGCAGCAACAUCAAGAAAAGCCAAACGUACAAUCAGGAUCUGCGGGACAAGGUGGUGGGCACUAAAUACGAUGCGCAUCGCAAGAACUCGGCGCCCAUACCCAUCUUCUCCAAGCUGGCCAUAUCAUCCUCAUCCGGCGCCAGUGCGACGCCAACACGACCCUCGAAGGAGAAUCGAUUUCUUGGCUCACCGCUGCUGCAUCGGACGCUGUUCAGCCACCACCAGCAACAGCAACAGCAACAUCAACAGCUGCAGCAGCAGCAGCAGCUGAAUCAGCAGACGCCCAGCAGCGCCGACUUGGAUGCGGAUGGUGAUCAAGAGAUAUUCUCUCAGGUCAUAUUCCCAACGCAAAGUAGUCAGCGUAGUUAUCGUUUUACGGCUGCAUCCAAUACGAAUUUGUGUGCAUCCGAAUCCUUGUUGCCGCCGUUGCCACCAGCUCCGCCGCCACCAAUAUCAGCAGCAACAGCAGCGGCUACUGCGCCAGCAGCUGCUACUGCUACGGCUGGUGGUGGUGCCACAACAAUAAGGGAAGAUGUUGCAAUGGAUCAGCCAGCAACGCCAAAAGUAUCGAAUGCCAAUUCAGUCGAUUCAAAGGCCGCCACACCGGACUAUCCAAAUAUGGAGUGUCCGCCCGUCUUUGAGCCGGAAAUCUACUCGCUCAGCGAGCCCAACACGAGCCUCUCUCGGCUUAUGCUGCGCAACAACAGCAGCAGCAAUACAAACACCAACAACAACACCAACACCAACUGCAACAGCAACAGCAACAACACAAACACCAAUAGCCCCAGUGGUGGGGAACAUCAAACUUAGGUGUGAUGUAAACAAUUGUGAAUGCUCUAUAUAUUUAUGUAUGUAUAUGCAUAAAUGCGUACAUAUAUAUACAUACAUAGAUAUAUGCAUACUCGUAUUGAUAAGUAUAUACAAUUUUGUUCAUUUUUGGUAUUUGUCGACUUAUCCUUCAUAUCCUUUUGUACUCACAUGCCCCCAUUAGCCUGAUAUAUAUAUAUAUAUUUAGAUUUAUGCAUACGAGCCUUGAUUUGCAUUAUGAAAUUGUGUUUUUCAUUUAUAAACAAAAGUAUUUAAUUGAUUACACACACAAAAAUCAAAGUCUGUGCAUCGUAGAAAAACGCUAGAAAAGAAUAUUAAUGAAAAUUCUAUAUGAUUUGCCUUUACAAUGCGAUUAACCAAGUUAAUCGAAGCUGUUUGAUUUGCUCAACAGUUCAUGUCUAGCAUAUAUAUAUAUAUACAUAUUUAUACAUAAAUGCAUUGUAGGGGGGCCUUUGGGGCCGCCCAAACGGGUUCCCUCAAAUACUUUAGUUAGCAUACACAAAGUAAAUCAAUACGUAUAAAUAAAGUCAACUGUAUAUAAAAAGAUAAA